AUGAAUUCUUCAGACUCCUCCAAUCCAUCGAUACGAUCUUCUCUCAAACAACAUUGGUAUCAAGCUCGGGAAAAGGGUCUCAAACUUUCCUCUCCUGAAGUCUUGCACGAUGGCACCACUUUCAAAUACUAUCACACAAAGAAUGAUCUCCUUAUCUUUGUCAAAGAGUUUGACGCGCACACGAUGCGAAGUGACAUUGUGGAAAAGUGGCACGAUGAAGAGGGAGAUUGGUUUGUUCAAUAUUUUGCAAGUCCUUCAUUAGGACAACGAAUUGAUUUUCACCUCCACGGUGUUCCUGAAGGGUAUCAAUUGCCAUCCAAUAUUCAACCUGUGAAAGGGGCUGUCCGAGGAGAAAAUAUCUUCUCCACACUUCGUUUGAAACAACUUGAAAAUGGAGAUUUGAAAAUGGUCUAUGUGAAUCAAGCAAAGCCCAAUGGAUGGAUUCCUUUCAGUAUUAUUAAUGCUUCCAUAUAUGGAGUGCCACAAGUGUUAAGACAAACCGCGUUGUAUCUCAGAAAAACAUUAAGACAUUUGACCAAGUAUGAGGAGGGAUCAACAAACUUGAAAUAA